CUUGCGGCGCAGCCCUGGCUGUGAUUGGCUGGGAGGACGGAGCCAAUGGGAAGCGGCGUUGUUGGCGGGCGGAACAAAAUGGCGGCGCUGGCAACUCUGUGGGCUCGGGCUGGGGGCCGCAGCUUUUCCCUGCUGCAAGGUUUUCCCUUCCCGCCGCUCCCGAACCCUCUGGAGCCUCUCCCCAAGACUUCCAACCCCUCCGUUCUUCGCCGCCUCCCGGUUCCUGCGUGGAGUUUCCAACAAAUCCGUGGGAAAUCCCGGGGGAACGAGUACCAGCCCAACAACUGGAAGCGGAAGAAGACUCACGGCUGGAUCAAGCGGAUCCGAAGUCCCGGCGGGAUCGCCGUGAUCCUGCGCCGGAUGCUGAAGGGCAGGAAAUCCCUCAGCCACUGAGGGAGCCUCUGGAAUUCUCCGGGAAUUCGGGGAUCAUCCCGCCCAGCCGUGCAGGUGCUGCCCCAGCCCUGUCGCCUCUGAGGGGUUUGGGACACGGUUGUUGCUUCAGUUGUUAAAUUAUGCUCGGUUUUUUUUUUACCGUGUUUGUUUUGUUUGUUUAUAAACGUGGGAAUGCGGGGUGUGUUUAAA